AUGUCUAACUCUUAUUUGAAUAAAUUACCAGUAGAGACCUUAUCACUAAAUACAAUUCCCCUUACACUCCUGAUUCUUGUAUUGUUUGAAAUCCUUUCGCUGCAUAUAUUUAAAAGGAUUAGCAGUUUUUUCUCAGGAAGUAAUUCUCAUAUCCAAUGUCAUGAGUCAAAUGAUUUGAAAGUUGAGGCUGCUAGCUUGAAGAAAGAAGAACUUGAUAGCUUCUCCAACAAUCAAUCUUUCUUGAAGGAGAAGGAAGUUGAUGAGAGCAUGUGCAGAGGAGAGAUGGAGUUGGUGUUGAAAAGCUUAGGGAUUUCUUGUAAUCCUGAAGAAGAAAAACUUCCAGCAAGGCUCGAUUCGACUGACAUUUUUCAACUGUUUGAAGAGAAAAAUCCUGAUUUGGAUGAAGUGAAAGAUGCUUUUGAUGUGUUUGAUGGGAACAAAGAUGGAUUCAUUGAAGCAAAGGAGUUGCAAAUGGUUCUUUGUGCUCUUGGUUUUAAAGAAGGGUCAGAAAUGGAGAAUUGCAGGAGUAUGAUUAGGGUUUUUGAUGAAAAUGGAGAUGGGAGGAUAGAUUUUCAGGAAUUUGCAAAAUUCAUGCAGAGUAGCUUGUGUUGA